AUGGUGGUCACUAUUAGAGCUUUUAACGUUACGGAUAUAUUCUUCAAAAAUUAUCGUAUGCUUAAUUCUAAUGCUGCCAUGGCGUGGUUAAUAUUACGUGUAGAGACGCUGCAGAAUCUGAUUUUACUCUCGGCUGCACUUCUUAUUGUUCUACAACCUGGAAAACGCUUACCAGGGUUCGUGGGACAAUCUCUUUCGUAUGCUAUUACGUUGAAUACCAUCCAAGUGAUUAUGACCCGGUUCCGUUGCAAUUUGUCAAACUACAUUGUCUCUGUUGAAAGGAUCGAGCAAUUCAUGCAUAUACCGCCAGAACCUCCAGCAAUUGUAGAAGACAUGAGACCUCCUUUCUCAUGGCCAACUGAUGGAAGAAUAGAGUUGCAGGAUUUGAAGAAACAAUAUCGUCCAAAUGCUCCAUUGGUUCUCAAAGGAAUCACUUGCACGUUUGUGGAAGAGACCAGAGUGGAUAUGCUAGCAGCCAAAGGCCAAGAGGCAGCCAUUUAUGAUGGCCCAGAUUAA